AUGACUCCAAUUCCUGGAACAUUCCAGCUAUUCGUGAUCAUUUACCUCACCUUGAGGAUGUUAUCUGUCUUCUCAGACCCAUUUCCCUCAAAACUGAGGAUUCUCUUGUUUGGCUCCCUGCAAAAUCAGGCUCAUAUACCACUAAAACGGGUUAUGGUCAAAGUAUCACCAAAGAUCAAAAGCUUACUGUGGAAAGCAGCAAUAGGUUCUCUUCCCUCAGGUGAACAACUCCUUUCACGUGGAAUCCUGAUGGUAGCAGCUUCCUGUAAAAGAUGUGGUAAUAUGGAAUCCACAAUUCAUAUACUACUCCACUGUCCGUUUGCCCAAAGUGUCUGGAGCAGAGCCCCUCUCGCUGCCAGUUUAGCAGGAUCUAACUUUCUUACAACAAAGUUGCUCCUUUCGGCUCUAAAACCCUGCAAGAACCUGCCUCCCUCAGGGCUCUCUACCACUCCUAUCUAUCCUUGGAUCCUCUGGAAUCUAUGGAUUGCAAGGAAUCAACUACUAUUUGAAGAUCGUUUCUUUUCAGAGGAAGAAACCCUCCUAAAAGCCAUUCAAGAAGCCAAAAACUGGCAAUCAGCUCAGCUAGAGUCUGUCCCCCUGGAAAAGGCUCUCCCACGGAAUGCAUCAGAGCCCUUUGAGCCCUCCUACUCUGAUGCUAAUACUAUUUGCCUAGAAUCUGACGCUGCUUGGAAUGAAAAUGCUUUUACCUGCGGGAUGGGAUGGAUUGGCAGAACCUACUCGGGCUCCCCUGUUUUCAAAGGAACCAGUUUCACCAUGCAUGUCUCCUCUGCUCUUACAGGUGAAGCACUUGCAGUCUCAGCUGCUCUGUCAGAUGCCCUCUCCAGAGGUUUCACAAAAAUCCACCUAAAGUCAGACUCAAAAGUCCUUAUGGAUCUCAUCCAUUCAAAUGAAGUAGUAAAUGAGCUAGUGGGUCUUCUCCAUGACAUUCGAGCCCUGGCCUCUCUAUUUACUUCAGUGUUUUUUACUUUUGUUCCUCGAGCAGCAAAUACUUUAGCUGACUCACUCGCAAAAGCUUCUCUAGCCUCUCUAGGCCUUUGCUCCAAUUCUGGAGUUGUAAUCCCAGAACUUGUUUAA